AUGGCGGAUGACCUACAACGAUUCCUGUAUAAAAAACUACCACGUGUUGAGGGGGUCCAUGCUAUUGUUGUAUCGGAUAGAGAUGGAGUGCCUUUCAUUAAAGGGGCCAAUGAUAAUGCUCCAGAGCAUGCUUUGAGACCUGGUUUCUUGUCUACUUUUGCCCUUGCAACAGACCAAGGGAGCAAACUUGGAUUUUCAAAAAAUAAAAGUAUCACCUGUUACUAUAACACCUACCAGGUGGUUCAAUUCAAUCGUUUACCUUUGGUGGUGAGUUUCAUAGCCAGCAACAAUGCUAAUACAGGACUAAUCGUCAGCCUGGAAAAGGAACUUGCUCCAUUAUUUGAAGAACUGAGACAAAUUGUGGAAGUUUCUUAAUCUGGCAGUGGUUUCUAUGUAUACCUUAUCUUCAUUAUAUCAGACACAGUGUCAAUCCAGCAAUCUUUGGACCACAGCAACACUUGUAUCCAUGUACUCAAGAAAGGGCCCCUUUUUCCACCUUACGCUAGAGAAAGAGCCUAUAGAUAGAAUUUAUGGACAGAUUGAUUGUUAUCUUUUCUUGUAUAGGGCCUUUUCUUAUUUGUGAGAU